CCCAACAAAACUCAGAUCAUAUCAAACAGAUCUAUAUAAACCCCCAUCCAAAAAUCCCUGUUCUCCACUUUGUUCAAAAAACAUGAAAGUGAAAAUACAAAGUACGAAAAUCAUUAAACCUGUGCAUGAAGGAAACCCUCCUUCAAAAACAAGCCACACACCCCUCAGUGUCUUUGACAAGGUUUCUUAUGAUGCUCAAAUGGCUGUUAUUUAUGCUUACCACCCUCCCACCCCUCCAAAUGAUUCCAUUGAGAUGGGCCUAAGAAAAACUCUUUCAGUGUAUAGGGAGUGGGCCGGGCGGCUGAGCAAAGACGACAAGGGCAAACCUGUCAUUUUACUCAAUGAUGAGGGCGUAAGGUUCGUGGAAGCUAUAAGUGACAUGAGCCUUAACAAGGUGAUGCCCUUAAAGCCAUCACCUUCAUUGCUCAACCUUCACCCAAGUUUGAAGGGUGUGGCCGAACUAGUUCAAGUCCAGUUGACACGCUUCACGUGCGGCUCGCUUGUGAUCGGGUUCACCGCGCAUCACCUUGUGGCCGAUGGCCACUCCACGAGCAAUUUCUUGGUUGCAUGGGGAAAGGCUUGUCGUGACCUUCUCGGGCCGAUCGAACCCUUUCCCCACCGUGACCGCACCAUUUUCGUCCCACGAAGCCCCCCGAGAAUCGAGUAUGAGCACGUCGGAGCUGAAUACACUACAAUUCAGUCAAAAGACACAAAUAAAAAAGAUGGCAUCCACAACGAUGACAUUGUGGUUCAUAAAGUCCACUUCACCUUAGAGUUCCUAGCCAAACUCAAGGCCAAGGCCUCCACCAUGAAACCCAACAACGCGAAGCCUUAUAGCACGUUCGAGAGCCUCGUCGCGCAUCUGUGGCGGGCGAUAACCAAGGCUAGAAACCUCGCGGGCUUGGAAAGCACCCACAUAAGAAUCUCAGUGGAUGGUCGUGCACGUCUGAACCCUAAAGUACCCAACGAGUACUUCGGUAACCUUGUCCUGUGGGCAUUUCCUACCGCGAAGGUUAAAGACUUGUUGCGUGAGCCACUAACUUACGCUGCCAAACUCAUCCACGACGCCGUCGCAAAGGUGAACAACAACUAUUUCAGAUCGUUCAUAGAUUUCGCAAACUCUGUGGAAGCCGAGUCCGGUCUUGUUCCUACAGCUGACAUGGACAAGCACAUUCUUUGUCCUGAUCUAGAGGUCGAUAGCUGGCUUAGGUUCCCAUUUUAUGACUUGGAUUUUGGGAUGGGGUGUCCAUACAUUUUCAUGCCCUCAUUCUAUCCAACAGAAGGAAUGAUAUUUCUGCUUCCCUCCUUCAUGGGAGAUGGAAGCAUAGACGCUUUCAUUCCUUUGUUCCAAGACAAUCUGGCCACCUUCAAGCAGAUUUGCUAUUCUCUUGACUGAUUCAUCUUGACUCAUAAAGCUACAAAUUGCGCAUUUGCGCUGCACCCUCCCAUAAAGUUUUGUUAUUUUUGUCAUUUUUUUUUUUGCUUAAAUGUAUUAGGCUUUUAUCUAUAUUUUAAAUAGAAAUUACACAAAAUAAGAGUAAAAUAUGUACUAGUACAAAUUCAGGAAUAAGUACGUUUUGAUUCUCCAAAUGUACUCAUUUAUUCCUAUUAAAUUAAGAGAAUAAAAAUAAAAACCCUCCAAUAUA